AUGAUCUACUCAUACUAUGCCAAGUGGAUCGCAUGCCCGCAGGACCUCCCACUUCGACUGAAUCAGUGGACGACAGCUUUCAGGUCAGAGCCCUGGCCGCAGCCUUUUCUCAGGUGCCGUGAGUUCCUCACACAAGAAGCACAUACAGUGCAUAAGACGCAGUAUGAUGCCCGUUCAGAGAUGUUGCAGGUUCUUGAUCUCUACACAGGUCUUUAUGAGAAGCUUCUGGCCGUUCCACUUGUCAGGGGCCAGCAAGGCGACGCUAAUAAGUCCGACGGAAUUCGAACAGCUGUCCUAUUCGGCCUUAUUCCCUCUCUUCAACAGUGUAUUCAAGCUGGGGUCUUCCACGAGCUAGGCCAGCAUAUGAGCAAGCAGUAUGGUAUUACCAUCUCGGGGGACCCUGAUCACACUCCAAACAAUGAGAGCUCUACUAUACACGUGUGGCAGAACUCAUGGAGCUUGUCUAUUCAUGCUAUUGGUCUCAUGGUAGCUACGCAUGGCGACGACCGGGGCCUAGUUAUCCCACCCUACAUCGCUGAGACACAGGUGAUUAUAAUUCCUCACCAGGGCAAACAACAGGGCCAUCAGAUGCUUUACGCUGAGAUCUUUUCCAUUCAAUCGACGUUGACCUCUCUCGGUAUUCGUGUUACAGCAGAUCUGCGCGAAGGGCAUUCCGCUGGCUGGAAGUUGCAAGAAUGGGCAACCGGCGGCGUUCCACUACGCCUAGUUGUCGGAUCGGAGGAGCUGGCUGGACGAUAUGUCACCAUCUAUCGGAGAGAUCUCCCCAAGUCAGAAGAGAAAACUAUCAUGUCUCUUUCUCAGCUCCCCACUGGUAUCCUGGCACUCCUCGAAACUAUGCAUAAGGGCCUCCUUGAGAAGGCCCAGAAUACCCUUCGCUCGCGUCAAAGACAAGUUACCGACUGGAAUGAAUUCGUCGAACUACUUUGCGUCAGGAAGUCAGCUUCUAUCUGCUUAGUCCCUCACUGUCUGGCAAAGGACUGCCAACAGCGCAUUGAGAGUUCGAUGAUCGAAACUGCCGCUGAGAACGAUACUGGUUCUGAGGUUAGAUCAGUGUCGGCUUCAGUCAAGUUCUUGUGCACACCUUGGGACCAGCCUUCUGGCGUCCAUGGAGGGGGCGUUCCUAAAUGCAUCAACCCCGAAUGUAUUCAUACCGCUAAUAAAUGGGCUAUGUUUGGAUUUAUGUGCGGAUAG